CCUUGAGAUUGACAUGUCCUAUAUAGUUCAUGAUGUAAUCGUGGGCAAUGUCUACCAUAUAUAUUGCUUCCGAAGAACCAAGCAGGCUCACGGUUCGUUGUACAACUCGAAGGCAGAACUGUGCGGCAACGAGAUUUCUCUGUCUGGUGAUUGAUUGCAUUACGACGACUUUUGUUUUAUAACUACUGUGAAGGUAUUCGUCUCCACACGGCACAGCACAGCCUUGCAGUAGCAUACGCAACGCGAUAUCCGUACCAGUACCUCGAACAUACGCGGUACGCCAGACAAUGACAACGACUGAUACAACCAAGCUUUACGGCCUGACCGCGGUGCCGGCAGAUCAGUCGAGACAGAAACCCGCUACGAGCAAACCGGCACCGGUGGAGAUCUCAGCGCUCCAAGUACCGCAGACAGCAUUGGCAACGCGCGUCGCCGCGUACGCGAAAUCGAAGCUCGACGCAGACACGUACCGGCACAGUCUGCGCGUGUACAGUUACGGCUGCGCGAUCGCGAGGCAGUGUUUCCCGGAGUUCGAGCUGGCUCCGGGCUCGGCGCCCGAGGAGACGUGGUUUCUCACGGCGAUGUUGCACGACAUUGGCACCAGCCAGGAGUUUCUGACGGCGACGAGGCUGAGUUUCGAGUUUUGGGGCGGGUAUCAUGCGUUGAAGAUCCUGCAAGAUGCCAGCGUGACGGGUGGGCCGGAUUCAGAUUCCGAUCCGAAGGGUCAUGGUAAGGGUCGGGGUGAGGGUGAAGGUGAAGGGGUGGCGCCGCGGGAACAGGCCGAGAGCGUGACGGAAGCGAUCAUCAGACAUCAGGACAUACAGGACAAGGGGAGUAUCACCCUGAUGACGAGGCUGAUUCAUCUGGGGACCUUGUUGGACAAUAUCGGUGCCGGCGUGGAGUUGGUGCAUAGGCAGACGAUUGAGAAUGUGGUGCGUGAGUAUCCGCGACCGGGGUGGAGUGGAUGUUUCAAGAGCACGCUCAAACGGGAGUUGAGUGUCAAGCCUUACGCUAUGGUUAGCAGGAUCGAAGGGUUCGAAGAGAGGAUCGAGAAGAAUGGACAGAAGGGCGGCGUUAUGGGGGGUUUCGAUUGAUGGAUACUAGUAUCAUGGACCUUUUGACUCUGCAGAGAGCUUCGUCUAUAAAACAGAAACAGAACAGUUUCCAUCUUGCGCGAGCAGUCUGAGUGUGUUCCCUGGGUAUCAUAUGCUGUGUUUGGG